UAAAUCCUUGGAGCGUAAUUGAAGGAGUGGCGAGAGUGGGCGUGUCAUCGGAGGUGACGUUUCCGGAAGCUCCGACUGUCAUCCUUCACGAAAGAACUUAUUGGUCCAAUGUCUGACCACGGGGAUGUGAGCCUCCCACCCCAAGACCGGGUGAGGAUUCUGUCCCAACUUGGGAGUGCAGUUGAGUUAAAUGAAGACAUUCCACCCCGUCGCUACUUCCGUUCCGGCGUUGAGAUCAUCCGCAUGGCAUCCGUCUAUUCUGAAGAAGGCAACAUUGAACACGCCUUUAUCCUCUACAACAAGUACAUCACGCUGUUCAUUGAAAAGCUUCCAAAACACCGAGACUACAAAUCAGCUGUCAUUCCUGAGAAGAAAGAAGCAGUCAAGAAAUUAAAGAACAUCGCUUUCCCUAAAGCGGAAGAACUGAAGACAGAACUCUUGAAAAGAUACACCAAAGAAUAUGAGCAGUAUAAGGAGAGGAAGAAAAAGGAAGAAGAGGAACUUGCCCGAAAUAUUGCCAUCCAGCAAGAGUUGGAAAAAGAGAAGCAGAGAGUUGCCCAGCAGAAGCAGAAGCAGCUGGAGCAGGAGCAGUUCCAUGCCUUUGAGGCGAUGAUCCAGAAGCAGGAGCUGGAAAAAGAGCGGCUAAAAAUUGUUCAAGAGUUCGGGAAGGUAGACCCUGGCUCAGGCGGGCCUCUGCUCCCUGAUCUGGAAAAGCCUUGUGUAGACGUGGCUCCCAGCUCACCUUUCUCACCCAUGCAGACUUCAGACUGUAACACAACCAUGAGGCCAGCUAAGCCACCUCUGGUGGACAGGUCCCUGAAACCUGGAGCAUUAAGCACCAUAGAAAAUGUUCCCACCAUUGAAGGCCUGCGCCACAUUGUGGUGCCCCGAAACCUGUGCUCAGAAUUUCUUCAGCUUGCCAGUGCCAAUACCGCCAAAGGCAUUGAAACCUGUGGAGUCCUCUGUGGAAAACUGAUGAGAAAUGAAUUCACAAUCACACAUGUUCUCAUCCCCAGACAAAAUGGUGGGCCUGAUUAUUGCCACACAGAGAAUGAAGAAGAAAUUUUCUUUAUGCAAGAUGAUCUCGGACUCCUCACUCUCGGCUGGAUCCAUACGCAUCCCACCCAGACGGCCUUCCUGUCCAGUGUGGAUCUGCACACACACUGCUCCUAUCAAAUGAUGUUACCAGAGUCCAUAGCAAUUGUCUGCUCCCCAAAGUUCCAGGAAACAGGAUUCUUUAAGUUAACUGACUAUGGCCUUCAAGAGAUUUCAACCUGCCGGCAGAAAGGCUUUCACCCCCAUGGCAGAGACCCAUCGCUGUUCUGUGACUGCAGCCAUGUCACUGUCAAGGACAGAAUUGUGACGAUCACAGACCUUCGAUAAAUCUCAAUCAUGAACCAGGAAGAUGGCUCACUGGGUAAAAGCACUUGCCACCAAGCCCAAAAGCCCAAGUUCAAUACCUGGUACUCACAUGGUAGAAGGAAAAUACCAACUUUUCCCAAGUUGUCCUCUAACCUCCAUUUGUGUAUUGUGGUAUGUACACACACACACACAAACACACACACACAUUAUUAAUUUAAAAAUGAAUAAAUGUAAAUUACAAAAGAAUCCUACCGUCCUCUAAAGCUACAUCCUGUUCAGUUUACCAGCCCCCUGUGGGGUUAAGUAAGCGUUUAAGACAGAAUAGGAAAGGGUCAACACUGGGGGGAGACUAUUGAUUUUAUUUUUAUUUGAAAUCAUCUCAGUUUUUAAGACAAAUAUGAAAAUGAGCAAAUCACACCAAGCAACUAACUCAAAAAUUAGGAUGGGAGAGAAACACCUCUCUAGAUCCAACCACUGGCCUUCUGUCCCUCUUGAAAUUUAUCUACCAACCUGUUCAUCUCUGCCUUUGGACUAAAUAGAGUCAUCCGUGCAAAACUGUGAAAGCCAUUUUGAAGGAUUUGGCUUUUUAUUGUCUGUGGCAUUACUAAAGGAGCUUGUCAUUCUGGUGGGAUUUGCAUGAGGAGCUCACAGGCGCCCACACAUUGAUUUUUGUGAAAAAGUAUAUUAUCUAAAAGGUUAGGGCGUUAUUUUCUUCUGUAAUAAAACGGCUCACCUGUGUUAUGCUCUA